AUUAAGAAGUUAAACAAGCAUAAGUCACACUUUUGCCCUGAAACUAAAAAUAAACUCAUUUGCGAGUAUGAGAGCUCUAAAAUAACUUAUACAAUCCGCAAAUGAACACUCAAUUCGCCAAGACCGUUUCGUAUUGGCCCUCUCUAGAUAUAUGGGGUUUAAAAUAAUGCAAACUUUCAAAUGAGUUUAAACCACCUCCCCGAAUCGUAUUCGCGUGCUACAUCACAUUGUGAUAACCACGGCAAGUGACCGCCAGUAGAGCGGCCAACCGACCCCGCAUGUAUAUAUAAUUUUGUUGUCUGUCUAGUUACUUUAUUCAGUCUCUUUUCCAUAGUUCGCUAGUGAAUUAGUAUCUGUUUUACCACCUCAUCCGCUCGUUGAGACAAAAUGUAUCUACGGCUCAUAAUCGCGGUUUUGUUCAGUGUUUGGUGGUCAACAAGUGAGUGUAAGAGUGUUGUGAAAAGAGCGGAAGUAGUUGAAUCAUUUCAAAAUAAUGAGCCUAUCAUUGGUGUCCUGUCGCUCGAAGUAUCACCCGCGAUUAAAAGGAAUUUUCCAGGCGACCAAGAAAGUUAUAUAGCAGCUUCUUAUAUCAAAUUUGUCGAAGGUGCUGGAGCAAGAGCUGUUCCGAUAUGGAUUGGAAAAGAACGCGAAUAUUAUGAAAAUUUGAUGAACAAAAUCAAUGGCGUUCUGCUACCAGGAGGUGCUACCUGGUUCAAUGAGACAGGGGGUUAUGCUGACGCUGGGCGAAUAAUUUACGAUAUCGCGGUUGAUAUGAACAAAAAUGGUGUCUAUAUGCCUGUUUGGGGAACAUGCCUUGGAUUCGAAUUGAUGUUAUACGUUGACAAAAAUAACCAGGAACACAGGGAAAGUUGUAGCUCGCAGGGACAAAUAAUACCAUUGGAACUUAAAAAAGUCGCAAGAACUGAUAGUAAACUUUUCUCCAACGCGUCAUCAGAUGUGCUUUCUAUAUUGAGCACAAAGAACGUUACUUACAAUUGGCAUAUGUUUUGCACAACUGAAAAGACUUUUAGAAAACUGGGCUAUGACCGCGACUGGACUGUACUUUCCACCAAUAAGGAUUACAAUGGUUUCGAAUUCAUAUCUUCAGUAGAGCAUAAGAGGUACCCCUUCUACGGCAUUCAGUUCCAUCCGGAGAAAAACAUUUACGAAUGGGGAGUAUCCAGGGUAUAUCCGCACAGCCCAGAAGCAAUCCUGAUCUCACAAUACUUCGCCGACUUCUUCGUCAGUGAAUGUCGUAAAAAUCCCAAUAAAUUUGGAAAUGAAACAGAAAUGAUGGACUCGCUGAUCCAGAAUUACUCACCAACAUUCACAGGGAAAGGAAAAUCGUCGUUCUACCAAAUGUAUUUUUUUCCGAUGAAUCCAGAGGAACCUGUUAAACUUUUCACUAAACAAUCUGGUGCGUCCGUCACAGUCCCGAGUUUACUCCUUAUCACGAUUGUCACUAACUUUCUUCUGAUAGACAUCUAACCCAAUGCUUCCUGCACGAACUUUCUCUAUAUUAUUACACAGUUUGCAUGAGUACAAAGGGUCGGGUACCUAUCUUUUUUGAGGCUUCCUGGAAAAUACUCUUUUUAAUUUUUUUUACAAUAUUAUGGCCAGUAAAAUACGAGAAAUAUUUACGUUGCAGGAUUGUUAACGAAUUUGGUGUAAUAAAAGGAGACUUCGAUGAAGGAUAUCAGUAUUUUAUAUUAACAGUAUUUGUGUUCCUUUUUUUGGCAAAAAAGGAGGUGAAAACAUAGGCCAGGACGAAUCCACUUUGAUAUUUAUAUAUUUAACUAGGAUUUUGAGACUUUUUGUCAGAGUGUUCAUGAAGACUAAAGUGUGAGAUAUGCUUUUAUGUGUGUUCAAAUAAACAAAAUGUACAUUUUCAACC